AUGACACUCUGCCAGAACCCCGACUGUCCGAACGGAAACCCGCCCUCGCGCCUCGAGUGCCCAACUUGCAAUAAACUUGGCAUCAAAGGCUCGUUUUUUUGCGGUCAAGAUUGCUUUAAAUCGGGAUGGGUAGGUCACAAAAUAAUACACAAUGUCGCUAGCGGUGUCAAUCCUGAUGGGAGCUACAAUCCGUUCCCAAGCUUUUCGUUUACCGGCUCGAUGCGUCCCGUAUACCCGCUCUCCCCUAGACGCAAAGUCCCCGAACACAUUCCCGUUCCGGACUAUGUGAAAGACGGCGUGCCCAGGUCGGAAGCACGUGCUGCUGCUCAAACGGUCCAAAUACUCAAUGCGGAAGAGAUCCAAAAGAUGAGAACCGUCUGUAGGAUGUCGCGUGAAAUUCUUGACAUUGCGGCAGCCGCGGUACGACCAGGCAUCACCACCGACGAAAUCGAUGAGAUUGUCCAUAACGCCACCAUUGAGCGAAACGCAUAUCCCUCGCCUCUCAAUUACCGUAAUUUCCCAAAAUCGGUAUGCACCUCCGUAAACGAGGUCAUCUGUCACGGUAUACCGGACCAGAGGAAGCUGCAAGAGGGCGACAUCAUAAAUCUGGAUAUCAGUGUUUUCUAUGAUGGUUAUCACGGCGACGUGAACGCAACUUACCCUGUUGGUAAAAUCGACGACGAGUCAGCAAAGCUCAUCGCGACCUCCCGCGAAUGUUUAGACAAGGCCAUCGCCAUGUGUAAACCCGGGGCUCUCAUUCGUGAUGUGGGUAAAGUGAUUGAACCUAUCGCACGAACAAACGGCUGCUCUUCCGUGAAGACCUACACUGGCCAUGGCAUCCACACGCUCUUUCAUACUGUCCCUAACGUUCCCCAUUACGCCAAGAAUAAGGCAGUCGGGACCAUGAAAGCAGGGAUGGUCUUUACGAUCGAACCAAUGAUCAAUUUGGGCUCCAACUGGAGCGAAGUUCACUGGCCAGACAACUGGACAGCGACCACUGUCGACGGCAAGAGGAGUGCUCAAUUUGAAGAGACACUACUAAUAACAGAAACUGGAGUAGAGGUUCUGACUGGACCCAUAAACUGA